UCCCACUUCGGCUUCCUCGAUCUCAACAGGCAGUACGCAACGGAUCCAGUGGUCUUUGUGGCGCUCAAUGUGCUCAAGGCGGUGUAUCUUCAUCUGAAACCGAAGACUUCUCCCCAAAGGCCAUCUUACUACGUCUUGGGAUUGUCUCUGGAUUAUCCGGCCGACUACCACGCUGUGAAAUGGAUGACAACGACAGUUUGGAUGUACUUCGAGAAGUGGCCAAGCUUGGCUUCGUUAUUCCCCUUGCGAUGUCGUUUGGCAUGAAAGGACUGUUCUACGCCCCCAAGAUUCGCAACCUAGGCGCACCGACAAUCGAAGACUUCCAGCUAUUUAAACCUUGCAAAGAUUUUCAGACGGCCAAGUAUGAAGACCCCAAAAAGGUUUGUGCUGAGGGUGGCUGGACUGUGUCGCGUUUGCGUACCCAUGCCUACAACCUCAACCAAGGAAAGGCCCUUACCUACCUAACCGAGCCAUGGAUAACCAUACUGGCAUGUGAUGGCAAGCAGUUCAACAUCAAUCUGGACUACGCCCUUGCCGCAUACGACGUGGACUACGACGCAGAACUACCGUGCGACUCGUUCGGUUUCAUACCACAAGGCGAACGAUUUGGUCGUGUCACUGCUAUGCGCGAGGUAUCGAAUUUAUUGCGGGCGAACUGCGUACCCGCCCAAAGUGGUUAGUUAAUCUGGAGCGUUGGCCGCCGUGCCGCUUUUAUAAAGACAUCG